CCGGCGUUAUUUGACAAAAUGGUUCCCCGCGGGAUAAUCGUCCUGUGCUUUAGUGUCGUCCUGGCGUCGGCUUCAGCGGACAGCUUCGGAGUUGGCAUCAAGCUUCUCAGAAGGUUGUAUGACGACUGCGAGAAGUCACAGGAGAUCACGAAAUGUUUUAAAAUCCAAGCUGUUAAGUUGGUCGAUCGCGCUGCUAGAAUGGAAGUGCUUCCACUAUUCGAUGGCUUUUCCUUAAAACGGAUCGCGGACCAUGGCAGAGCGUUUCCCUCAUCCAUACCAGAAGGAGACUUGAAUUCUUUGAGUUCAGAGGAAGUCGACAAACUUCUCAAUCUAGCAACAUCGAAGCUGAUGCAAACGCAUCGUGUUAUAAUAUCACCUACUAAUAUUGGAACGGACGUCGGCCGGUCAUUGAACGAAGCCAGGAGUAAAUUGAAGAAAAUGAUAGGUCCAAUAUUAGCUGGAGUUGUGAUCAAGGGAGGUUUUUUGGCUAUGGCAUUCCAAGCGAUCGCUUUGAUCGCUGGUAAGGCGCUGCUGAUCGGUAAGAUUGCCUUACUUUUAUCUGCCAUUAUCGGAUUAAAGAAACUGGUAGCAGGAGGCGAAGCGCACGAGAAAACAACGUACGAGAUCGUCAAGCAUCCACAGGUUUCACAGAGCCACACUUACUCGUCCUCACACUAUGGCAAUGACUUCGACACAACAGGUCCAGGAGGUCACUACAGAAGAAGCGUCGAAGAGGAGGCUGCAGCUCAGGACAGGGCUUACAGAGCAUACGCUAAGAAGCAGUAAAUAGUAAAAUCUGGUAGAAGAUGACUUACGACUCCCUUUACAAAGUACAGCAACGACAUGGCAAAUUCACAAAUGAAAUCACCUCCGAUGCCAACAAUUAUGUUGACGACAUUGCACUCGCAAGUUGGAGACUAUUUUAUUCAUUUAUUUAAAUUUAUUAUAGGUUAUACGAUUCUAUUUAAAUUGAAAAGGUAUUAUUUAAGUAUUAUUUAAUUAUGUAAAACGU